UAGCCAGAAAAAGACUGUUUUUAGAGAGAGGAAACUAAAGACAUUAAAAAGCCAUGACGCGGGUGUGCAUAGUUAUAAUCAAAACCAUAAGCAGGCACUGAGAGAAACUUCCAGCUGAAAAAGAGGAGGCUGAUGGAAGGAGAGUCCUAGACGAAAGCUAAGGAGAAAAACUCCUGAAGGGAUGAAUAAGGCGUAUUAAUGAUCUGCCUCCAAGUCCCAUUCUCACCUGAAGCUCUGUGCAGGAAAAUGGCUCAUGACAACUACUGAACUGGUUCGAAAAUUUUCAAGAGAAAAUGCUGCAUGAAAGCCGUUGGAUGAUUUUACUCUCAAUUGUCACAUCUGUAACAGAUAUCACUUCCUACAACUGUACCUGUGAAGGAGUUAACUGCUCAGAAAAUACCUGCAUUGGGAAGACAUGUUUUGUAACAGAGCAAAAGCUUGAAAAUGAUGAAAUCCGCAGGGUCCGUGGCUGUUUUAAUCUUGAUAUAACAGAACAGUGCAACAGCAAGACCUCUUUCUCAGAAGCAAAAUGCUGUUACUCCAAUUUCUGUAAUGCUGAUAUCACCAUUUACACUAUAGCAAAGAAAGAAGCGCCAGUAGGCCUUGUCCUUGUAACUGUCCUCCCAGUAGCCCUGUUUCUGAUCCUUGCCAUACUAUUCACAUUCUUAUUCUGGAAACUGAGGAGAAAAAGCAGGAAAAAAUCUUUGGCCAGACUCAUUGACUUUGGAAAUCCAGACAUUGUAAAUGCAUCAACUGUUGGUGACAGCACUUUAGGGGAUCUCAUUGAUGACUACUGCACUACUGGUAGUGGUUCUGGUCUUCCAUUCCUUGUACAGAGAACUGUGGCUCGACAGGUGACACUCGUUGAAUGUGUAGGUAAGGGGCGAUAUGGGGAAGUAUGGAGAGGCACAUGGCAGGGAGAAAAUGUGGCCGUAAAGAUAUUUUCGUCCCGAGAUGAACAGUCAUGGUUCAGAGAAACAGAAAUUUACAAUACCGUCUUACUGCGUCAUGAAAAUAUAUUGGGAUUUAUUGCAUCUGACAUGACUUCUCGAAACUCCAGCACCCAGCUUUGGCUGAUCACUCAUUACCAUGACAAUGGAUCACUAUAUGACUAUCUUCAGAGGAACACUAUUGAUCCUGAAAGUUGUUUACAAUUUGCAGUGUCAAUCAUUUGUGGGUUGGUGCACCUUCAUGUGGAAAUAUUUGGUACUCAAGGAAAACCCGCCAUUGCACACAGAGAUCUGAAGAGUAGAAAUAUCUUGGUGAAAUCAAACAAACAAUGCUGCAUUGCAGACCUAGGUCUUGCAGUGAUGCACUGUCAGAAUGGUGAUUAUCUUGACAUUGGCAAUAACCCAAGGGUUGGAACUAAGCGUUACAUGGCACCAGAGCUCCUCGAUGAGACCAUUCGAACAGACUCAUUUGAAUCUUAUAAACAGACAGAUGUGUGGGCCUAUGGAUUGGUUGUGUGGGAAAUUUGCAGGAGGACCAUUAUAAAUGGUAUGGUAGAAGACUACAGGCCUCCAUUCUAUGAUGUUGUUCCACAUGAUCCUAGCUUUGAGGACAUGAAGAAAGUGGUCUGCGUUGAUCAACAAAGACCAAAUGUUCCUAACACCUGGUGUUUAGAUAAAGUGUUAUCAGCGCUUACAAAGAUCAUGAGGGAAUCCUGGUAUCAGAGUCCAUCAGCAAGACUUACCGCUCUGAGGAUCAAGAAAACAUUAAACAACCUAAAAAAUUCAUUGGAACUAAGGAAACAAGAAUGUUAAAAAAAAAAAAGUAAUUUGUAUGCACAUCCUAAACACAAGACUGAAACCGCAAUCCAGAAUCCACAACAGAAAUGAAGAUACCAGCUAAAAUGUUUUUUUGUAUUACAGGUAUACCAGCUUUUCAUCAGUGCUAGUACUGGCAAAGAUACAUUACGUUUGUCAGAAAAAGCAUUAUUACUCACUGCACAUAUGCCCUAACAUUAAAUCUCUUGAGGUUUACUGUAACAACAACUGGAAAAAUGGUUGUAAACGACAUAACUAUACAAAAAAGUGAUAAUAGCAGUAAAAGUCAGAAAGGUGCAAAAGGAAUAAACAUUUAUAUUGCAUAAUUCUGGCAUUAUACGUGGGCAUUUAAUGUGCACCUGUGUCUGAGAGUUGUACAAUGAUAAAAUUCAUAAAAAUAUCACAUUUACCUCACAUUUACCAGACCUAUCUAGUAAAGCUGGUACCUAUAAAAGGCUAUUUAUUCAGUACUGCAGCUGUAAAUUUUGGUGUAAGCAGUAUAAUUAAUUCAAACAAUGCCUUUUGUUUUAUGGUAAAAUGUAAGCUUUUUUUUAAAGAAAUAUGAAGGAAUAUAGUGCCUGUCACAGACUGCAUUUGAUAAACUUGGCUUGUAAAUAUAUUUCAUAAAGUGUUAUACCAGUGUGCCUCUGUACCGGGAAGGUUGUUUUAUGACAUAAGUCAGUACAAAGAGCAACAAAGAUGUUGCCGAAAGCAGCCACUUAGAUCUUAGUUCAGUGGAGUCACAUCAACUAAAAAAUUAUUUUGGUUGCCUACACUUUGUAUAUCAUUAAUUUUUCACACGUCCUUACUGAAUAUAUUCAUGUCAGUGUAAGCAUUGGGACUGAUUCAUUAACUUGAGAGCAAAGAAAAUGAAAAGCACACAGGUGGAAUUGUUACAAGUAGCAAUCAAUCGGCGUCCGUAUUUCAUUUAAAAAAAAAAAUCACGGUUGUUCUCUGUGGUCAACAACUUGUGCUCAUUUUCCCUAGUUUUAAUGAAUCGGCUCCAUCGUCACAACAUUAUCCAGAAAAGAAAUAUGCCAGCUAAUUUUGUAGGCACCUAGAAAUAUGUUACCAAUAGGGAAUGUAGGUUGCACACUGGCAGGGUCUAUAAACAAACUUUAUUGUUCCAAGUCGCUUAAAUGUUCUGCCAGACUCAACUCCUCCCCUGAUGUGAUUCAUGCGCCCUCGGGGCAUAGACGUAACGGUAUCUAAGUUGGAAGGGAGGGAAAAAUACAUUAGAGAAGGAGCAGAGUCCGAGAAGGACGUGUUAGUGACUCAAAACAAUGAAGUUUGUUCAGCUUGGAGCUCAGAGGUGUGCAGCCCCCAUUAUUUAUUGCAGGGUGGUUUCUAGGAGACAGGCCCCUUCGGCAGUCAUAGUACCCACAGCUGGUUGUUUCAACCAAGAAACACUUGAGGUUGUAGUAACUUUUUCCUUUUGCUAAUCAGAAUUAGAGUAGACAAACCUAAUAAAGCAAGAAAACCCAAUUUCUUUUUGUUCAUUUAGAGGAUAAGCUCACUUUUGGAACAUGCUAAAUUUCCUGUUUUGUAGGGUGGAAUAUGUAACAUAUUCCAGCAUCUGCAGCUCUCCCCCCCCCCCCCCGCAACCCCUCUCCCAGGACAGCAGGCUGGUGAUCCUCUCCCUGUACCCGCUGUCACUAUUUGAAAACAGCACAACCGUGCGGGACUCCACACUCCUGCAUCAUUCAUUCACAAUUUUCCUGUGAAUCAAUGCCUGCAAGUACUGCUAGCCAUUGCAGCUGACCACUUGUCGUUUUCAAUGAGCUGUGAGGGGGCUGGUGAGCUUCCUUGUAGGCCAUUGAUCUUCCUGCUCUCUGGCAGUUGCCUGUCCAUACCACUAUCCCGAGAGGCUGCAGGAGCUUGCACCUGUGAUCUAAUAUAUCUAAGGGCAUAUCAAGGGGAUUUUUCCCAUAUGCCAAGUCAAACCCUAACAACCAGUAGAGCUAUAUGGUAUACAUUCCUUUAUGCUCAGGUACCAUAUUGAAAACCAGGAAUUAAUGUAAAUUUUAAUAACAUGUAUUGUUAUACGUAUACUAUUAGGCAUGCCAAGAUCUGCCAUCUGUUGGUAUGGCAUUGAUUUACUAAAUACAAAUAGUCUGUUCACUUUGGAGGUAAUUUAUCCCUUAGCUUAGUGAAUGAAGUGAAGCUCUACUGACUUCCAUCACCCACACAUGUUCAAGUAAAAAUAUGUAUUUUUUUUUCAUUGCGCGUGAUUGGCUAUUGUUUGCAAAGUGAACUUUCACUACAUUCACUAAGCCAAAAAAAUAAUUCCUUGGUAAGUUAACCGCAUAUUCGCUUUUAGUAAAACAACCCCUAUGUAUACAGGCCUUAGUGGAAUAUUGAUAAUAGUUGUCCUAGAUAAAUUCUGAAGGAUGUACAUGCUACCAAAAACUGUCAGUUUGACCGUACAAGGCAGGGUGUGGCCUAGAUUUCCAAAGUAAUACAGUUACAUUGUUAUGUAAUUACAUAUUGUAUAAUUAAUACAGAAUUUGUAUUGAUAAAUAAACAAGAAACGCUCACUUAAUCCCAACCCAGAAAAUUAGAUGAGUUUCUGUCUGAAUAUUAUAGUUUUGUUACCAGUCUAGUCAACCCUCUUGAGAGAAGCAUUAAUUCCUACCUUUGAUAGUCAUGGUGUUAUAAGAAACACAGCUGGCCAGGUGAGCAGGAGACAUUUGAGUUAUUUCUCAUAGAAACAUGUCCAAUCUGAAAGUCAUUUUCAUGCAACGUUUGUAAUGAAAGAUCAAAGCAAGUAGGCUUAAGUUAUGGAACAAUGCCUUCAGUGUUUGGAUAAGUAUAUUGCAUUAAAUUGCCUAAUAAAGGACCUUAGAUUGAAGUCCUAAUCGAAACAGUGAAGAUAUGAGGACCCUUUAUGUUGAUUUGUGAAUGUAUAUAUGUAAGGUAUAGAUACAAACAUGCAUUUGUGACUUGCUCAAACAAUUAUGUUUCACAAUUAAAUUGAAUCUAAAGGGUCAAUUCAUUAAUCUGAAAAGCACAUGUUAUUUGCAUUACAUUUAUUUUCAGCCCUUCCUCCUUGGCUGUCACCACUGACAAUUACAGUUGUUAUGGCAAAUAGCAAUUGCUAUGGUUUAGUGAAUUGAGCCCAGUUUGCCUGCCCAAAAGACAUGAAGUACUACCUAUAAGCAUGAGAUAGCAGUAUGAAGAAAAGUGCAAUUUUGAAUCAAAUUUUUGUCUAUGAAUUUUCGAAGAGAGGCAUCAAAAAUGAUCUUCCAUAUACAGGCAUCACCAGAAAAAUCAAUUUGUAGAAAUUGAAUUUUUCAUCAAUUUUCAUUUGACAAAUAUUUUUUUUCUGUGUCUGUUUAGCUACCUUAAAAUAGUAAAAUUCCUAUUCUUGUUAAACAACAUCCGUUGAUACCAUGUGUACUGUUUGAACAUACACUUUUAUUUUGCGAAUCAUUGUUAUUUAUACAACAAUCUAAUAUAUGAAAAAUUGUUCACAAGUCUAAUGAGCAUUGUUUAUAUCAUAGGUCUUAUUCAAUAAGGCAGCGCAAACGAAAACUGCUAUAUUCCGUAGGGCUAUAACUAAAGAUAAGUUAUUAUCAGUGCUGCUUAGAUAACUACUGAAAAGAGUUGUUCACUGCCACAAAUGAUGACAAGCAACUGCUUCAAAGUAUCCUGAAUGAAAAUAAACACCCUUUGCCAUUUUA